CGCAUCCUCACCGCACACAGCUGAAGCUACAACGUUCUCAACAUGCCGCCGCGCAAGUCACGUCCCUCGAAAGGAGUCGACCUCGCUGAUCGAACGCCAUCAAAGAGAGUUCUCUGGACCAAAGAUAGUGUUGGCGAUGGCAAGUCCAGCAUGGACGUCGUGAUCGCGUGGAUGUCGGUCGAGACGAACUAUGUUCGAUGGAAAGGUGGCGACAAACACAGUGGCUCCACCAAGGCCUCCCUGGCAGCUGAAGUUGUGGAACGACUCGCCAACAACGGCAUACACCAUCGCACCACAAAGGACGUUGUCCAAAAGAUUGGGGAUGUCGAGCGCUCGUACCGGACAGCAUGCGACUGGCUUGCCAACACCGGGCAAGGCAUUGUGGACGAAGACAGCAUCCGAAAGGAGGUACAACGUCUUUGUCCGUACUACUACAGUUUGGACGAGGUCAUGCGUGAUCGCGCAUCUACAGCCCCUAUCGUGACGAGCGAGAACAUGAACGAAGCGUCCAGCGAUGAAGACGUGCCAUCAACGCCGGAAGCACCAUCAAGCGCCUCGAAGAAACGGACUGCGGCGGCUGCGAAGUUGGAUGAUUGGACAGAGAUCAAUGCGCGUGCGUACGCACUGAAACGACAGCAGUUGGAGUUCACCCGUGAUGUGGAGGAGCGAAAGCUCCAAGUGGACAUGCAACGUGAAGCAAGGUUGGCGGAGGAGACGAAGCUCAACGUCCGCCUUUUGACAAUCCAGGCUGACGAAGCCCAUUGGAAGUUUGAGCUUGCGCGAGAAGCAGCGGCAGUGGAUGCGCGUAUCAAAAAGAUCCAAACACGAAAAGAUCUCAAAGAGCGCGGGUGGAGUGACGCCGACAUCGACAUGGCGUGUCCAAUAUAACUAUAUAAAUGCAAAAAAUGGAAAUGCUUUCGUGUU